GAAAGCGGACUGGGCGCAGAGCGUCAUCCUGGGGAGGGCGAGCCGAGAUGUUUACACCUUCUGGUUUUUCUGGAGAAAUAUUAGCCACGCGCCGCCGCCAUGCCGUAGACAACCCACCGGGCGUUUAGAUGAAGCCUAACGGGGACCGCAGCAGGGAGGAAACUGGGUGGCUGUAACCGAGGGGGUUAGGGAGGAUGUACUGGGCUGCUGGAUUUGCCUCUUCCCGGCCGUGUGUGGUUGAGCUCGGGCGGAAUCACAGCCUGCCGCUCGGGCUGUGCGGCUCCGAGCAGCAGCAGUCUCUGUAUGGCUAUAUCAUCGCCGUCCCCUUACAGGACUACGGGGGCAUUAUGUCGGCGCUGGGCUCGGACUCCUGGUGGAAGAAGACCCUGUACAUCACCGGGGGGGCCCUGCUGGCUGCUGCAGCCUACCUACUGCAUGAACUGCUAGCCAUCAGGAAGGAGCAGGAGCUGGACUCUAAAGAUGCCAUCAUCCUCCACCAGUUCUCCAGGCCAAAGAAUGGCGUGCCCAGCCUCUCACCCUUCUGCCUCAAAAUAGAGACGUACCUGCGCAUGGUGGACCUGCCCUACCAGAACUACUUUGAUGGAAAGCUGUCGCCGCAGGGUAAGAUGCCCUGGAUCGAGUACAACCACGAGCAGGCGUCAGGGUCAGAGUUCAUCGUGGACUUCCUGGAGGAGAAGCUGGGGGUCAACCUCAACAAUAACCUCACCCCGCAGGAGAGAGCCGUGUCCCGAGCUGUCACCAAGAUGGUCGAGGAACACCUGUACUGGACGAUAGCCUACUGUCAGUGGGUGGACAACCUGGAGGAAACUCAGAAGCUCUUGGCGAUGAGCGGCCCCCUGAGCGACACGCUGAAGUGGCUGCUGAGCCACCUGAACGGCAGCAUGGUGCGCAGGGAGAUGUACGGCCACGGCAUCGGACGCUUCUCUAAGGACGAGGUCUACGCACUGAUGGAGAAGGACAUGAGGACGCUGGCCACACUCUUGGGAGACAAGAAGUACUUUAUGGGCUCUAAAAUGUCGACGUUAGAUGCCACCGUGUUUGGACAUCUAGCCCAAGCUAUGUGGACUCUGCCUGGGACACGACCAGAGCAACUCAUCAAAGGAGAGCUCAUCAACCUGGCCAUGUUCUGCGAGCGGAUGCGGAGGAGGUUCUGGCCCGAGUGGUUCGUGGAUGUGGAGGAUCUUUAUUAUGACGGAGACAGCGAGAGCAGCGUCUCCCCUACAGGCCUGCUGGACUUGGGCCUCUUCUCCCGGACCGACACUCUGGACGACAGCGACGCCAGCAGCCACUCAGCCGGACACACGCACUUGCCCGACUCUGACCACUCGCUCUUUGACUCGGACGUGGGCACGGGAUCCGACAAUGACGCUCAGUUCAAGGAGGAGCUGAUUCCCGACCUGGAGGUCUGACCUGGAGAACGGUCGUGAUCGGCUGAAAACGUGGCAGUCUGGACAGGUUUGCCAGAGAUCAGCUCUCACAGCUGAAGAAACUAGUCCAGCUCCAGAACCCACAACAACACACCUUCCCGAUGGACAGACUGGGUGUUAAUAUGCAGCGCAUACAAACUGAACCUCAUAAUACACAUGCUACUGUGUGGUCUGCCCUCCCUCCUGUGACAUCACAACUGUCCCUGUGGCAGUUCUCUCUUUGCCUUAUUUGUCUCGUCCCAAGGUACAGAACGCGAAGGAUACAUUUUUGUGGAAAGGUGCGGCGACGACAGAAGAGUGGUGCAGACGCGGCAGGUGGCACUUCACUUGCUACAAAACGAUGCAACUAAUCACCACUCCGCCACGUGUCUUAACGCGCGAACCCCGUUCGAACAGGUGGAGAUCGAUCAUGUGGCUGAAAGGAACAGCUGCUGUGUCUCGGUUGUUAACCAUCCGUGUGCUGGAGAGGAAACACAGACGACACCGGGGCGCCUGUUCGUUCUCUAGUCUAGAUUGAUCCCUCGUGUCGUUUCCUUUUAUGCUACUGUGUGUGGGAAGAAUCUGUAUCAAAACGUGAUGUAUGUCUCCAUAAGACCACGUCCAUGGGUGCACUCGUAGUCCUGUGGAACAGAAGUCAGAGGGAAAGAGGGGCAGAUUUGUGCUCAUUACAUUUACCAGUUAUUAUCCUGACUUCGCUCUUUUUAAUCAUUAUUUGCUUGCACUUUGUUAUUGGGUAAGUUGGUGCUUUCUAUCAUUGAUUUGAACAUCUUUUUGGUUUUGGUAAAGUGCUCCAAUUUGUAUAUUUGACCACUAGGUGGAGUCAGCAGUCAGCCUGAUGCCUUCUUUAUUCCUUAACGUCAAGGUCAUUCCAGCCAGAGGGCCGGUGGUCCUUUUAACACAGUAAAUAAUUCCCCCUACAGUCCCAAACUUUAAUGUUGUGGUUCCCGUUCACAGGUGACCUGUCAGUCUGUGUGCAGGUGUAAUGUGCAUAGCCCAGCAACAACCCAGCCUUAUUUCUUUCACUAAAUACAUGGGUGAGAAUAGUCCUUUUUUUUUGUUGUGAUAUAAUUUAUUAUCAGUGCCACUUUAUUAUUCUUUCUAUAUGAUCUUAUGUGUCAAAUGUAUAUAUUUUUUGUUCAUAUUUGUUUUCUUACUGCUCUCAAAGAGAUGUUUUGCACUAGUGGAAAUUUAUUUUCACCUUAUUUCAAUCUGCUGCGGAGGUAGAGAACAAAUGAAUGGGAAACAUAGAUGUGUAUAUACAGGACGCUGAGUGUUCUGAUCGUGAUUGUGCUGCGAGGGGACUGUGCUGCGUGGAUGUGAAUCUUACUGGGUGUGAAUGUCAUCAAUGAAGCAGUGGAUGAAGUCUUUGCAGAGAAAGUCAGAAUACCAAAUUGACAGAAUUGAACACCCCUAGUUUAGAAAACCGUGGGUAAAGAAAUGGACCAAAAUGUCUCGGGAAUUUUUUGCUUUGGUCCGUCACGUUACGCUUGCUGGAAGUGCUCAUAAUGGCAAUAUGAUUGCUGUAAAAAGAUUGUGGUGCGUAUAGAGUAGAUGUGAUUUAAGGUUAGGGGUCAGUUCACCCAAGUAAAAAAAAUAACCUCUCUUACUUAAAUCUGGUGUUAUUGAUCCAUACAGGUAGUUUGGGUUUUUAUGUGUGUAGCAGAUUUCUGCCUCAAUACAAUGAAAGUGAAUGGAUUUUUGCUUGUUGUGUUCACAAUAUUGAAAACAGACAAUGUGACAAAUUCAGCUCAUUGUAAUUCCUGACAUUUGGGAUUUGUUUUUGGCAGAAUUUACCCCCCAAUGAAAACUGUAAUAACAGGUUUUCAAACAGCCUUCACUCCAUGAUUUUUCCAUCGCAUGGUGUCAAAUCCUUAAUGCUUUCCCCCUCAUUCAAACGGUUGUUAAAGCUGCUAUAGUCUGUAGUUUUAUAUUAACAAGGGAUCAAUUGAGUAAUGUGAAAGGGGUCACUUGUAAUGAUGAAACCACAGAGAAUUAUCACCCGACUCUGCAGAUUCCCUAAAUUGUUGCCGUUGUGCUUUAACAGCCCACAGCUUUCUGGAUUUGGGUUUGCUCUCAAUGCUCUUGUCAGCUUCAUUUUGAAACACAGUAAGUACACGUUUUCAGCAACAAAGCUCUAAAAACCCCACUGUACGCCCCUCCUGCUCUGCAGCAGACAGAGUUAGUGACUAGUUGGUGACCAUAGUGGAGCAUUUAGCUGCGAUAUUUCACUCAGGGGUUGGUGGAGAGCUAAAAACAGAGUAAAUAUUGGACUUACAUUCUACUCUGAAUGAAUGCUGAUGCUGCUCCGUGUCUGCUAGAUGUGACUGUCUGCUCACAAGUUUGCCAUGCCAACGUCAAAAUAAGACUAUCUGCACGGCUACAUACCACUUGGGUUAUAGUGAGAAGAUAUGUAAAGAUGUGUUUCUGUGCGGUUUUGGUGAAGUGACCCUUUAAAUGAGAAGCCUGGAUAGAUGGGUGAGUUAGUGACAGGAGGCCAGAGUUUGACCCGGAUCCCGACUGCCCCCCCCCCCCCCCGCCCUCGCCCGGAUCGUGCGCUUUUUCAGUCGCCUCAUCCAGUCUGGGCAUCAUAUACAGUUGGACUGCUUUAAUCAAGCCAUAUUAAAACUAAAUGUCUUGUUAUCAAAGCAUUACUGCCGGGGUAAUGUUAACAUUGUUUGUGUGACAACGUGUACCAUACUGUAUGUAUAGAGCUGACUGACUGAUCAAACUACCUACGGGUGUGCAGUCAUAAACUGGAGCGACUGGUUGAUUUCAAUAAAGAGUAGCUGUGACAAUUUUAAACAGGCCGUCGUUGAGAGCUUAAUUUGCAUCCUUAUGUGUCUGGGGUUAAUAAAAGGGUGUCGAUGUCAUGACGCUGCUUUAUUGAGCUCUGCACUGUAGCUUAGUAAUCAUAAUGGCCUCACAGAUUGUGUUAUGUUGUCAUAUCUCUGAAUGUUUUUUGCAUGUGUGGUUGUGUGUUUUCAAUCAGGCUAACAAGUCGCAAUCAUUCAGGUGCGGAGGGGGGCUGAUUAAGACUCUGCCAGCUGCUGGAGGCGAGACGAGGAGGAGAGAGGAGCAGGAGCUGGAAGAGGAAAUGUUAGGAGAAAAAAACAAAUAAGAGAGGGAUGGGAGGAAGUUGAGCCAGGGCAAGAAAAAGGCACAACAAAACGUGGAUGUAACCAGGAGCAAGGGGAGAAGGAGGGAUAAGGAGGAGGGGAGGAGCAGGUGGUGGAGAGGAGAGAAGGGGUGAAGAGGCCAGCACUGAGGAGUGAUGGGGUAGAUGGGAGUCACCGGGGAGGAGGAAAGAGGAAAGGAGCAUCAGGAGUUUUUGGGGGGGAAGGAAGGAAGAGUUUAAGUUUUAGAAGAGUAUGGAGGAGGUAGAAGGGAAGGAAAAGGAGAGAAGUUGAUGGGGAGGAGAAAGAGCAGACAAGAAAAAUAGAAGUAGGAACUAAAGGAGAGGAGGAGGAGGCGCCUGGGUUAGGGGCCCGGGGAGGAGAAGCGAGGGCCACGGAUCAGGAACCAGGCUCCCGGGGGACGGAGCAGGUGCAGGCUGCGAGCGAGGCCUAUGGGCCUGAAGGGGCUGCCAGAGCUUAAAACAAUCUGCACUGCUCCUUUUUUUAAUUUGGCUCUCUGAACAACCCACCCUCCACACUGACUGUCUCCCCAUCCCUCUCUCU